CUCGGCUAAUGCAUGGAUGGACGGACGGCUGGACGGGAUUGAACUGGACGAUGAUGAUGAUGAGGUAGAUAGUGGGGAAGUAGAAGAAGAAGGGAAAAGAAAGCCCGCAGCUAUUAUUCUCGACAAAUCACCUGUUAUGCCGUUGCCCAUAGACACGUCAAAUUACCCAGCAACACAACUCUCUACCAGUAUCCUCAGGCUACAGCAUGCAGAUUCAAUGGCAAUCUGCAGCCUGCAGCCUAUGCAGACAAACAAAAGAAGGAUCGCAUGUCCUGGCUCAGGAAGAAAAACAAAAUCCAAAUUGAAAAAUAAGCGAAGCAAAAGCAAGCCCCCAGCCAAGACCGCUGGCUCUCAUCCUCCCCCAAUGGCGUUGUCGGCUGCUAUAUUUAUAGAAAAUAGAUUACUUGCUCUACCGACUCCAAGACCAGGUGUCUAUGCACUCCGAGUCCUCCGUGGACCACCCAUCAUCAUCCAAACAAGCAACAGACAAUGGUCAAGAACAACACCCUCCUCAGACUGUUCGAUUUCUUCACCAUAGCCGCCAUCAGCUCGAACCCGCAUGAUCUUCACAUUCAACGAAUCAUUCGGCAUACCUCGAUGAGUAGGCAGGGUCAGGGUCACUUUCCUUCACGGGAUCAUGCAGACGAAGUGAAGUGAAGUCAAGGUCAAGAGCCCGAGUAAUAGCAAUAGUAUAGUAUCACUAUGGACUACUCCCCGCUGUGGCGUGGACUGUGCCCCUCUUUUCGACUUCGACCACGAGUCCAUGCUCAGGAUGGAUCAGGUACACUACUGACCACAAUAGACUCGUAGUACGGUUACG